AUGUCCACUAACACGAUUAAGUUCAAACCUUUUGAAAAAUCUGAUAAAAUCACACAUUUCAAACAAGAUGUAUGGUCCAUUUUCACUCCAUUGGCUCAACAACUCAAAGCUGCGAAUUUAGGUCAAGGUUUUAUGGAUUUCCCUCCACCGGAUUUCGUCAUAGAAGCCGCAAGCGAUGUUAUUAAUAAUCCGAAUUAUCAUCAGUAUAGUCAUCCCAAGGGUCGACCAAAUCUAAAAGAAGCUUUAGCAAAAUCUUAUAGUCCUUUGUUUAAACGAACAUUAGAUCCUGAUACAGAAAUUCUUCCUACAGCAGGGGCAAAUGAAGGUUUAUACGCAACCUUUUCCGCGUUUUUGAAUCCGGGCGACGAAGUUGUUUUAAUUGAACCGUUUUUUGAUCAAUAUAUCGCGAAUAUCACCAUGAACGGUGGUGUUCCCGUCUACGUCCCUUUAAGGCCUCAAGGUGACACAAAUAAAGUCAUGUCAUCAGAAGACUGGAAAUUAGACAUGAACGAACUUCGAUCAAAACUUACAUCAAAAAGUAAAAUCAUAGUUUUUAAUACCCCACAUAAUCCUGUGGGGAAAGUUUUUUCAUUAGUCGAAAUGGCUGAAAUAACCAAAUUGGCCGAAGAAUUUAAUUUGAUAAUCAUAAGUGAUGAAGUGUAUGAUCGACUUUAUUAUGAACCUCAUGUUCAUGAAAGAAUUGCUAAUCUUCCUGGUGCAUGGGAACGUACCAUCACCGUUGGAAGUGGUGGAAAAACCUUUGGCACGACCGGAUGGCGUGUUGGAUGGUUGAUUGGACCAAAGAAUUUAGUAGGAGCUGCGCUGUCGGCACAAACCAGAAUCGUCUUUUGUGUCAAUACUCCUCUUCAGGAAGCGCUUGCGUCUUCGUUUAAUGCAGCCGAAAAGCAUAAUUAUUUUGAAAAGAAUAUUGAAGCAUAUACGCGUAGACGCGAGAAAUUGAUGAAAGUUUUAACAGACGUCGGACUUCCUUUUACUAUUCCACAAGGAAGUUAUUUUAUACUUGCAAACACUGCAAAAGUUCAAAUUCCUGAGGAUUAUCCAUAUCCAGAAGUUAUUCAACAACGUCCUAGGGAUUUUAAAGUAUGUUACUGGAUGGCAAAAGAAAUUGGUGUUGUAGCCAUUCCACCAAGUGAAUUUUAUUGUAAGGAAAAUGCUCACCUUGCCGAGAAUCUGAUUAGAUUAGCUUUUUGUAAGACCGAUAAAACAUUGGAUGAGGCGGCCAAAAAUUUCCAAAAAUUGAAACGAUAUAUCAAGGACGUUUAA